GCCGCUCGGGCGCACUCUUCAAGGCCGUAAAGCGGCUGCAUCGGGGCGGGCGGGUUCUUGGCCUUCUCCCUCCCUACCUGCAUUGACUGGGCGCGUGGGGCGUGGGGGUGCUCAGCUUCUCCCUCCUUGCCUGCGCGUUCUCGCCCGGCCGCGUUCUAGGCCGCUAAAGCGGCUGGUUCGGGGGCGGGGGUUUCUCCCGGCCUGCUUCCCUCCCAGCUUGCGCAGCCCGGGUGCAUUCUUUAAGCCGCUAAAGCGGCGGAAUUGGGGGUGGGGUGUCAGGCUUCUUUCUCCAGACUUCCUUCUCCAGACCCCCGGGCACAUCCUUCUGGCCCCCCCUCUUAUUUUAUUUUAUUUUAUUCACCCUCCCCACAGCAGAGCCCAUUCUAGGCCGCACCUUGGCUGAAGCCACGUGGUGCCUUGCAAUAGGUCGCACUGGCAUUGGGGAGCUCUUAUAGAAACCUGCAGCGGUGGCUGCGGCUAUAGUUGGUGCUAUUGUUGUUGUUGUUGUUGUUUUUUCUCAUUAGAUUUGAUCUUGGGACCUUACCCAGUCUUAUUUUUUCAAUUCAAUUCAAUUCAAUUUUUUCAAUUCAAUUUUUUCAAUUAGGCAGGAUAUCUCUUGAAAGGGGGAGGUUUCCAUUCCUAAGCCAACCCCUGCUCUGUGUCACGCCAGCCGGUGGGAAGGGGAGGGCACCAUCCACUCCCAAUUUCUGGUCAACAAACCAUCAUUAUGCCAUCCAAAAAAGGCAUUGGGGGGAAGAAAGGAAAGGGGAAGGCCCCUCGCCCUCCAGCAAAACGUACAAGAUCCAGGUCAGGAUCUUCAUCGGAUGACGGUGAUAGGCCUGACUUUUCAGCCUUUCUAGCACGCUUACAGGCUGCAGAAUUAGAAAGGGGAAUAGUAUCACCCCAGGUCGUACCAUCCCCCGCGACUGGAACUGGAGGGGUCGGCCGCUCGCUCACAAGAAAACAGUCACAGGAGAGGUUAUGGUCUUCUAUUUCAGCACGCUUGGAUGCUAUAGAGGCUUCUUCCAGUUCCAACGCACAGAGUCAACCUCAUUCAAACAGGGAGGACACCAGCAAUACGCCUCAAACACCAGCUAGCGGUCCUUCUGUUGCCAUGCCAGCUAACUCGAACCAACUCAGCCCUGGAAUUCUGCAACCUCCUCUUUCAGGUCGAAAAAUUUCGGGAGCUGGCCCCCUGGGCGAGGUCACAUCCAGAAGUUAUGCCUCCGGAAUUAUGGGAGAUUGGCAGGAAGAGGUAGACGCAGCUUUGUGGCAGUCUUUGGCUCCCAGAACCAGGGCGGCGUACAGAAAAGCAAAUAGAGAGUUUCAGAUCUUCGGUUGGGCCUGCCUCCCGUGAGAGUGCUUGUAUGCGGUCACAGUUUUAUCUUCUGGGCCGGAAGGAGGGCUGCUCGUACAAGUAUGGGCUCACAGCUGGGUCUGAGCCGGAUCGCCAGUGUCCAAUGGUUGGGCAAACGUGGCAUGAAGUGGGAGCACCUCCUGAACACGCUGUUUCAACAGCGAGUAAGAUCCCCUCCCCCACAGGUGUUGUUGGUGCACCUGGGAGGAAACGACUUGGGUCUGCUGAAAAGCAAGGCCCUGAUUCUCCAAGUGAUUGCUGACUUCAAUGCGAUCCGGCAGCGUUGGCCAGAGACCAUGAUCAUAUGGUCUUGCAUGUUACCUAGGUUGAACUGGCGGGCUGCAAAGGACCAGAGUGCAAUGGAAAAAGCGAGGAGGGAAGUUAAUAGGCAAGUUUAUAAGGAUCUGUUAAAAUUUAGGGAUGUUAGUAUUCAGCAUCCACUAAUUGUUAAAGCACGGAGGGAGCUGUAUAGGGAAGACGGGGUCCACUUGUCGGACCAUGGCAACGACUUAUUCCUGUGGCAGCUGCAGAAGGGUUUGCAGGAUGCUAUCCUGUGUAGGUGGGGGGAGCCAACUAAGCCCUAAGCUUGUUGCCCCCUGUGGCAGGGAAGCGGACAUCUCCACGUGUGUAGGGCUGGUGAGCAUUCCACGGCACCAAGCGGUGAUGGGUAAACACCUGAGGCUCAACAGCUGCGAACCUUACGGUCCAGCUGGGGAGAUAAGGGUUACCCUUGAGACCGACCCUUCUCACUCACCCGCACACUUACGUCACGGGGAGGAGUGACACCGGAAGGUCUCCCACCUCGAAAGGGGGAAUCAAAGGGUGGCGGAAUGUUUUGCGCCACCCUUUGGUCAGGAAUGUUUCGCCCAAGAGAAUACGGAUUCAUGCCGUCAUAGAGGAGAUGCCCGCUUAGGUUACCCUUCUGCAGUUGUGUUUAAUAAAAUGUGGCCCAGUUUUUCAACCCAAGCUACUGUGUCGCCUCGUUAUUUCCACACUCCACGCACCGCAAAAGCCUUACAUACACGCCCAGCAAAGCUUGGGCGUGGUGAGGUCGUUGCGGGUGGGGGUGGGGUGACGAGGCGUGGAGGUCAUCCAUUGGAUGGCUCCUCAUCAGGCCACCAAGGAGGGGAGGGGCCUGCAGGCUUAAUGUUGUGGAAAGAGCUUACCCUCCCCUCCUUCUUUCUUGAAAAGCGGCUCCCUCCCGCCCUUCCCUGUAGGUAGUGUGGUUUAUCGGUUGUCACUAGGAGGCCAAGUAGGAAUUUUUUACUUAUUACCUACUGUUAAGGUCAUAAGUUUUUUCGCCUACUUCACACUGCAAGACAGGUUAGGGUGUAAUAAAUAGGUUAAUUGGAGUUCUAUUUCGGUCACAUUGGUUGGCAGGGAAGCGGACAUCUCCACGUGUGUAGGGCUGGUGAGCAUUCCACGGCACCAAGCGGUGAUGGGUAAACACCUGAGGCUCAACAGCUGCGAACCUUACGGUCCAGCUGGGGAGAUAAGGGUUACCCUUGAGACCGACCCUUCUCACUCACCCGCACACUUACGUCACGGGGAGGAGUGACACCGGAAGGUCUCCCACCUCGAAAGGGGGAAUCAAAGGGUGGCGGAAUGUUUUGCGCCACCCUUUGGUCAGGAAUGUUUCGCCCAAGAGAAUACGGAUUCAUGCCGUCAUAGAGGAGAUGCCCGCUUAGGUUACCCUUCUGCAGUUGUGUUUAAUAAAAUGUGGCCCAGUUUUUCAACCCAAGCUACUGUGUCGCCUCGUUAUUUCCACAC